AUGAAACCUGGAAACGAAGCCCAGGAUGCCGACUCUGCAGCAGUGACGCUGAAGGCUAAGGAGGUUUUGCCAGCCAACACAGCCGUUACCGUGGGCUACGGUGUUCGUUCCAAUGCAGAUUAUUUGCUCUACCAUGGCUUUACCAUGCCCCAGCGGUGGAGCGACGUUACGCUCUGUGCCCAGUACACCAUGAUAGAGCUGCCUCUUCCGACAGACUUCCCAGCCUGGAAGUCUAGGCCGGGAGCCUGUCUUAAAAGCCCUGGGCCUCGGUAG